AUGAACAACGUGCGGUCGAGCGGCGGGAAACACCGCGGCUGUCUCCUCCUGUGUGCUACUUUAGCUGUCGCAUUCUCCACUUAUAUUGAUCAGGUGGAAAGUUUGCCAGCCGAUCCUGACAGCCAAUGGCCUACAUUCCCAAGAAGAAAUAUCGCAGCAUUGGCCAGAGACGGCUAUUUGAGAAGUUCUAGUUCUAAAGCGUAUAAAAGAGGAAUUUCUACGCUAGCUAAAAAUGGAUUGUUGCCAACGUACAGAUCGCCGUAUGUCGAAGCUGACAAACAAGAUCAAAAUCAAGAUGAGUCCCAGGAAAAACGAAACGUGGCUUCGAUUGCAAGGCUUCGCAGCUACGCAGCCAUGAAGAGGAAUAUCCAAGCUCUUGCCAGAGACGGUUACCGUGUCGGCAGAGGACAGUACAAUCCUUCUAACGACAAACGUAACAUUGCGGCUUUGGCACGCAACGGUCUACUUCACAAGAAGGACGAAGCGAAUGAAGAAGAAUACUAUUUCCCUUUCUACCAAAAUCCCAUCGCUCCUCUCUCUGAAAUUGACCAUCCAUUAGAUGCCAAUGAAAUGUUUGAUUUCCAACAAUCCGUAAAUCCGGACAUGUUUCCAUCAAUGUCUCAAGUAUUCAAACGUACUCCUUUUGAUCCAUACUACGACUACUACAAUCAAAAAGAAUAUGACAAUUCAUAUUUCAAGAGGAGCUUCGCCGGUAGUCCCAAUCAUGGACUUUACAGACCUAACUACUUUGAACCAAGUCCUAGAACCAAGCGCUACGUGAUGCCUUACCCUGAUCCUGUAGAAGAAGAUGAAGGGAUCGAGCAAAAUGAUAUUGAGGGAGAAAAACGCUCCGUAGAUGAUGACGAUGAAGUACGUGAAAAUUUUGAGAAACGUCAUAUUGGCUCUCUUGCUCGGAAGCAUUCCGCUGACGAGAAUUUCGGAAUUAGGGAAUAUCUCUCUAGUCCCGAAGCUGACACAGCAGUCGAUUCAGACGACGCCGACAUACCGGCGGCGCCAGUACCUGCUCACUCGCACCCGACCGGUCGGAUCCUCCACCGACCGCUAAACAACGACCUCCCGCACUCCAGUCCUCUUCCGCUACCACCGAUCUCACCACCCAACUACGUUGAACCGUUCGCCAAGAAUCGCUGGCAAUCUUACACUAAGGAGACGCCCAAGUUUUACUACUUCAGGUCACUUAAAGUCCCAUACCAUGUGUCUGGCAAGAGAUAUUUGUUGCUCCCGGCUGUUGACAAUAUCCUGCUCAGGAAAGGCUACCGCAACAGCAGUCUACCAAGCCGUCGAACUUCUCCAGCUUAUUUGCUCGGGGUGGUAGAGGUGGAGGUGCUUGAAGAAGAAGAGCUCGAUGAUGAAGAGCUGGACGAAGAACUCGAGGAACUAGAAUCAGUAGUGCUAGUAGAAUCAGUAGAAGUUGAGGUGGAAGUUGAAGUCGAUGUAGUGUCCUUGCAAAGAGCUCCCUUGGUCAUGGAGCAUUGUCCAUUCCUGCAGUACGGGAACAGUCCGCUGCAAGUGGAGACUGUACCGAUGUUGAAAGGAUAG